GAAGUGAGUGGACAUCCCUCUACAAAAGAGGAAAGUUACACAGUGAGAAAGAAAGAAAGACAGGCACAGUCAAGAGGGCUUGUAAGUGAAGUCUCAAAGGCAGACAGCAGCAUCAUCUUCAGGCUGACGAGGAAGAGGAACUGAUUGAGGCCAUAAUGACGGGCAGUAACAUGGCUGAUGCCCUCGCUAAUGCAGUCUGCGAGAGAUGCCGUUCCCACUUCGACCCAUCCGAACGCAUUGUGAACUGCAGCGGUGAGCUGUUUCACGAGGAGUGUUUCGUUUGUGCGCAGUGUUUUCGCCAUUUCCCUGAUGGACUUUUCUAUGAGUUUGAAGGACGAAAGUAUUGUGAACAUGAUUUUCAAAUGCUGUUUGCUCCAUGCUGUGGAGAGUGUGGAGAGUUCAUUAUUGGUCGUGUCAUAAAGGCUAUGAAUAAUAAUUGGCAUCCUGAUUGUUUUUGCUGUGAAAUCUGCGAUGUAGUGCUGGCUGAUUUGGGUUUUGUGAAGAAUGCUGGAAGGCACCUGUGCAGACCAUGCCACAAUCGGGAAAAGGCCAAGGGACUCGGGAAGUACAUCUGUCAGAAAUGUCACCUGAUUAUUGAUGAACAGCCGCUGAUGUUCAGGCGAGAUGCUUAUCACCCUGAUCACUUCAACUGCACCCAUUGUGGGAAGGAAUUAACAGCAGAAGCACGGGAGCUGAAUGGGGAGCUGUACUGCCUCCCUUGUCAUGACAAGAUGGGAAUUCCAAUCUGUGGAGCUUGCCGAAGGCCAAUUGAAGGCAGAGUGGUCAAUGCACUUGGAAAGCAGUGGCAUGUGGAGCAUUUUGUCUGUGCAAAGUGUGAGAAGCCGUUCCUGGGACACAGGCAUUAUGAGAAGAAAGGACUAGCAUACUGCGAGACUCAUUAUAAUCAGCUGUUUGGAGAUGUCUGCUUCAAAUGUAACCAUGUGAUAGAAGGUGAUGUGGUAUCAGCAUUAAACAAGGCUUGGUGUGUCGCCUGCUUCUCCUGCUCUACCUGCAAUACAGAGCUCACCCUCAAGAGCAAGUUUGUGGAAUUUGAUAUGAAACCAGUGUGUAAAAAAUGUUAUGAGAAAUUUCCACUAGAAUUGAAGAAGCGACUGAAAAAGCUUGCUGAACUGACAGCUAAAAAGUGAUGCCUUUCAGUUUCCAGGAGAUAACUUUCACGAAAAUAAUAUAAUGGAAGUAUAUACAACAAACCGGACAUUGUCAGAUAUUUUGUUACUGAAAUAUAAUCCCUAGAUUGUCUAUUUACUGGGAAUCUGAAUAUACAAUAGCCAGCCUGUUCUGUUCUUCUUGUACAUAUUCUUUGCCAGAAACUCUCCUGUUGAAUAGUGUAACAAUCUAAAACACUGACUCUUUUUAAAGGACUGAGGCUGAUUAACAUAGAUUGCCAUGGAGUUCCUUGCCAAAAGUGUAACAUAUUAUUGGUAUUAAUAAAUUAUGCAGGACAAGGAAAAAUGUACUGAUAA